CACACUUUCACUUUGCGCUCGCUGUCCAACGACUCUCCUUCCCAUCACUACCACUUACCACUUCUUUGCAGUCUCUGUCUGCGCCCGUGUAUUAACAUAACCUACCUUUGCGUCACUCCCCUCUUGGCCAGAAUCUGACCAGCCGCCGCUCCUUAGUUCUUUCCUGUUCCGGCGCAAUGUACGUCAGUCGAACUGCCUCUCGGGCUGCGCCUGCUCUGCUCAGAGGAGGCAUCAGGACCGCCGGCCGGCCCCAUCGCCCCCUACCUCGAAAUAUGCCCGCCAUUGCCAUUUUGCUUCCCCGCCGGGCACUGUCUACAGAAACUUCAACCGCUGGUCCCGGCGGGAGUUAUCCCCCCCCCGGUUUCAACGCAGAGAAGGCAAAGAAGCCUCUUCCUAAGGAGGGCCAGCACAAGCCCAAGGAGAAGUCAGCAGCCCCAGAAAUACCCGACGUCGCAAUCCCCAAGGGCGUCCCAACCACCCACCCCAACACCAAGCCCCAGGAGCCGCAAACUCUAAAAGAGUUGGCCGCGGAGAAGGCUGCUGCGGAGAACCUGGAUGAGAAGAAGCUGGUCGCGAAGGAGGAAGUGGAGAAGAAACUCACAAUUUGGCAGAAGGUGAAGAGGGAGGCAAAUCAUUACUGGGACGGCACAAAGCUGCUUGUUGUCGAGGUUAGGAUCAGUUCGAAGCUGGCCCUGAAGAUGGCAGCAGGUUACGAGCUCACGCGAAGAGAGCAUCGACAGUUGACCCGAACAGUGCAAGAUCUCGGCCGCCUAAUUCCAUUCUCGGUCUUUGUUCUCGUCCCCUUCGCUGAGUUGCUCCUUCCAAUCGCUCUCAAGCUCUUCCCGAACCUUCUUCCCAGCACCUAUGAGGGGCAGACAGCCAAGGACUCCAAGGCCAAGAGCCUUCGUUCAACUCGGAAAGAAGUCAGCAACUUCCUUCGGCAGACCCUGAAAGAGACUGGAUUGCCAGUUUCUGUAGAGAGCGCGCAAAGGGAGGAAUUUGCAGAAUUCUUCCGCAAGGUCCGAACCACCGGAGAGUCUCCCUCCCAGGAGGAUGUCAUCAGGGUCUGCAAGAUCUUCAAGGAUGAUUUGACUCUCGACAACCUCUCGCGACCACAGCUUGUUGCCAUUUGCCGAUACAUGAACAUGACCUCUUUCGGCACAGACAAUUUCUUCCGGUACCAGAUUCGCCACCGUAUGCGACAGAUCAAGCGUGACGACCGUGCCAUAUCUUUCGAAGGCGUCGACUCUUUGUCUGUUCCGGAACUCCAGACUGCAUGCGCGAGCCGAGGCCUAAGGACCCACGGUGUGUCUCCUGCCCGAUUACGUGAAGAUCUCCAGAUGUGGCUAGAUCUCCGACUCAAGCAUGGCAUUCCGUCUACCCUCCUAGUGCUGUCUAAUGCCUUUGUGUAUGCCCAAGGCAAGGAGUCAGAGAUGACCUCCCAGAUUGAUGCUCUGCAAGCUGUCCUAUCUAGCAUCCCCGAGGAGCUCUACCAUGAGAUGGAGCUCGAAGUCCACACUCUCGAGGGUGCAGCAACCAACAAGCAGCGUCUCGAGGUCCUCAAGGAACAACAGGAACUAAUCGAGGAAGAAAAUGAGCAGAGCCAAAGCCACGAGAACAAAGCCACAGCCUCACCUAAAGACAUAGAAAACAUCGACGAAGAGGAUAAGCCGAAGCGGAAACAAGGAGAUGGGGACAAAGAAGCCAGUUCCGCUGAUAACAGUUCUGGCCCAGGCAGUGCAGAAAUGGCAGAGCAGGAUAGACGGGCGGCUGUUGACGCAGGGACAGCGACAGAGACUGCUUCACCGAAAGAGGAGAAAGCCACAGACCCCAAAAAGGAUUAGGCUUGCUUGACAGGACUUUUUUUUCUUUUGUUUCUCCACUUUGUGUAAUUAGAUAGAUGGACGAAUGCCUCCGGUCAGUAGGAGUUGGGUUCUGGAAACCGCCGGCCGUUACUGCUGUAAGGCGGACGGGGGUUAUUAAAACGAUAUAGAAAAUACCCAGAUUUCUCGAGGUAUGAGAAUAGACAUGUUACAGUAGCACAUCAAAAUAU